AUUAACUGACGAGAAAAAAAAAAAAAGGGGGAAAAAAAAAACGAAACUGCUUUCAGCUAUAGAAGAUACAAGGCCAGGAUGAACACGAAGGACGCAAAAGUGACUGAAGGAGGUCUCAAUGUCACGCUCACCAUACGUCUCCUCAUGCACGGCAAGGAGGUUGGAAGCAUUAUUGGAAAGAAAGGUGAGACAGUUAAGAAGAUGAGGGAGGAGAGUGGUGCUCGAAUCAAUAUUUCAGAAGGCUCCUGUCCAGAAAGAAUUGUGACAAUAACAGGCCCAACAGAUGCAAUUUUUAAAGCUUUUUCUAUGAUUGCACUAAAAUUUGAAGAGGACAUAAACGCUUCCAUGACAAACAGCACGGUGACGAGCAAACCGCCCGUAACGCUGCGGCUCGUCGUGCCGGCGAGUCAGUGCGGGUCCCUCAUAGGGAAAGGAGGCUCCAAAAUCAAAGAAAUCAGGGAGUCCACAGGAGCCCAGGUGCAAGUGGCGGGUGAUAUGUUGCCAAAUUCGACGGAGCGGGCGGUGACGAUCUCGGGCACUCCCGAUGCCAUCAUCCAGUGCGUGAAGCAAAUCUGCGUGGUCAUGCUCGAGUCCCCACCCAAAGGUGCCACCAUCCCCUACCGUCCCAAACCUGCCUCUGCACCUAUCAUUUUUGCAGGUGGCCAGGUAAGAGCAGACACCAUUUUGGCUUCAGCUGGAAACCACACCGUCUUGGCCCAACCUCAGCCGGCGCCUGCGUUUACGAUUCAGGGCCAGUAUGCCAUCCCGCAUCCAGACUUGACCAAGCUUCACCAGUUGGCUAUGCAGCAUCCCCCCUUUACUCCCCUUGGGCAGACCACCCCUGGUUUCCCUGGACUGGAUGCCACCACUCCAACCAGUUCCCAUGAACUUACUAUUCCAAACGAUUUAAUAGGCUGCAUUAUUGGCAGACAAGGCAGUAAGAUAAAUGAAAUCAGGCAGAUGUCAGGAGCGCAGAUCAAGAUUGCUAAUGCCACAGAAGGCUCUGCAGAACGACAAGUUACAAUCACAGGAUCCCCUGCAAACAUCAGCUUAGCACAGUACCUCAUUAAUGCAAGGAUAUGUUCUUCUCUUGGUGUUCAGGGAUUCCCCACACAUCGAGACGAGAAUAGAGCCCUUCACUUUUAGUUGCACAAACACCACAUGGCAUGCAUCUGGAUCCCAGAAGAUAACAAUUUAAGAUCUUGAAGACAGCUAAAGCAUGCAAAUAAAGUAAUGCACUUAUUAAUGGAGUUGCAGUGAGCUGCUCACCAGAGACAGAAACUCUAGUGAACAAACCUCUUUGACUCACUUAGAAAAGCCUGUGAACUCUCACAAUUCUGUUUAUUACUGUUUAACAAUUCUUGUGAUGGAAUGGGAUAUAUGAGGUCCUUUAAUAUACUUUUGCGAAGAAGAAAACUUCUCAGCAAUCAUAUGCCAUGGAUACUCUAUCUAUCUAACUAUACCCUGGGAAACCAGAAACAAACUAUUCUGUUCUUGUUGACUUUCUAGCUAGAAGUCAUUUGUUACCAUCAUCGACAAUAAACCAUCAUAUAUUAUUAUGUACCAUAUGUUGAAACUGUAUUUAGACAAAGUGACUUCAUUUGUAAAUGAGGACUCUUAAAGCAAUGUGUAAUAAAUUAAGCUCUAAGGUAACAUAGGAUAUUAAGGUGGCCUUUUCGUUUUAGGGAGUUCUCUUUUCCCAAGAGAAAUUCUGUCCCACUAGGUGCCACCACAGCAGCAGCGCUGGUUUGCAGUGGCACCAGGGGAAGAACCAAGGACGUAACGUUCAUGCGAGAGGUCUGGUGUAGCUGUGGUUCAGGUGCUUGGGCAGGGUUUCGAGAGGGAGAGCUACGCUGCCGCUGCCUGUACGUGCAGGGACGCAGUGUCGGCGUCUGGAGUCAUAAGGCCUGAACUGGCACAAGCCCUGCAGGCUCUUUAAGAUGUUGGCCUGAAGUGAACAGUUUUGGGGAAGAGCCGAGUCCAGUACCUAGACUUACUUACCCAGUUAUAUUUUGUUAUGUCAGGGAAAAAAAAAAAAGCCAUAUAAGGACUCAGGGUAGGGUGGACUUUUUCUUUCCCCCCACAAGGUCUGUCAUUCUCGUAGAUUUGGUGUCCAGAGCCAGUUAUUUCUGCAUGUGUCGGUGUCUCGCAAUAGCAUGGGAUUUAAAAGACUACCCAGUGUAUUCUUGAAACAAUCUGUGUAUAUCUUUAAACUGUUUUCCAGCCAGACUUGCUAUCUAUAUAAUAAUUUGUCAGGUUAUUUUAAAGGUUUUACUGCAAUUUGGUGUUGAAUAUGUACAUAAGAAUGCAUUCUCUAAAUUAUAGCUAUAUAAAUACAUUGAUAAAAUAUCAAGACAGAGAUUUGAAACUUUCUAAAAUGUUGCUUUGAUUCUGUAUUGAUUAUGCAGAUGUCGCUCUCUGUAGUAGUAGAAUGUGUCCGUCCCCCCCCCAGCUUAUUUGCAGUACAAAUGUCUUUUUGCGUGUAAAAUCUUUUGUCACUUAACUGGUCUCUCUUGUCGUAACUGGAUUCCCAUUAUCCAAUUACAACUUCUAAAUUUUAUCAAGGAUGAAGGACAGUCUAGGUUUCCUGCAAGAUACUUGAUUUUGGAUUAUAAAUGAAUUCUAGUCAGCAGCACUUCCUUCUGGUUGAAGAGCAGUUUCCUGAAGAUAUUCUUUGCUUCCACUUUGAGAGGGUCAUUCACAGAAUUAAUAGCACUGUUAGAGGCACGCUCCUUUAACCCUUUCGUUCUCGGGCGUUCACCGAUUCCUAAUAAUGCAGGAUGUGGCCUUCAGUGUCUAUAAGGAGCAGUUCUGCUUCAAAAUGGUAGUGUAAAACUGGCGUCAUGAAAUUCUGUAUGAAGAAUGCCUCGUCACCUUUCAAAUUCAGUUUUGUUGCGUGGACAAGUGAUUUGGGCGUCUGAGUGGCUGCUACCAACACCAGUAUUUACCGUGUGGUACCCUUGUUUUCCCUGUUGGUGCAGGAAACAGAGCUCAGUGCUCAGGCUCAAAUUCCAGGGGUUCCCAGUAGGGAAUUUUUUUUUUUUAAAGUGUGAGCUAGGUAAAUUUGGAGUCACUGAAACACUGAGGUCUACAUCAUCUUCCUACCUGUCUCCCUCCUGAAAUAAAAUUGAAUUUGAGCUGUUAAAAAAAAAAAACCUGUAUAAACAGAGUUUUACAAAAGCUGCUGAGGUACCAUCCCCGCGUAACUCCUGCUCCUCAAGCGGAGGACGUACACUGCAGUUGGCUUCAACGUUUCGGCAAUAGAAACAGGUAUUCCUGAUACAAAUGCCACUGUUUAAGGUUGCCGGUAGCACUGCUAAAAGGCCGCUGUGCUCACUACAAAGAACAGCGCUGAUAUUGAAGUUAGUAAAAAGAGACGCUCCUCUGUGGAGGCAGAUAAACAUCACAGAACUGAGGGAAGGGAAACCCGAGAUUUCAGUUCGGCGAACGGGUCGGCAUUUCAUGAGCCCGAGCUCCUUCCCUCCCAGCCCAUCAGAGAAGACGCACCCCCAGCUCCCCAGCAGGAGAAGCCGGGAGGGGUUCAUGCCCCAGGAGCCCCGUGCUCAAGGCCCUCCCGCCCUGUCUGCCCCGCUCCCUCUCUCCCCAGCUCAGACCAGCUCUGGGUGCCCUUUAAACUUAGGUUUAGCAGCGGUUGUCAGUGUUUUGGGGCAGCUUUAGCCCAACCUUCGCAUCCCUUAGCACUAGCUCAGUGCUUGUUUGCUUGCCGCUGUGCCAAGGGGGCGAGCCGCCUGGUUGUUACCCUUCUCUGUCCGCGAGUAGACCGGGGCUGUUUCUCUCAAAAGUGCACAGAACUGUAAAAUAAGAAGGGGGAAAAAAAAAAA